AUGAAGAAGGAAUACAGUGGUUUUGAUCAAAUUUAUACAAGACUUCCAGAGAUAUCGCGGUAUCAGCUGAAGAUCUUUUUCUUUGCUUCUUUUUCUAUCAUCUUUUCCGGCUGCGUUCAAAAUGCUUCAGUUUUACUCAACGCAAAACCUCAAAACUACCGCUGCCGCCCUUCAAACCCAGCUUUUUCAUCCCUUUCGUUCAAAGAAAUAGAAAAAGUGACCCCUUCAAAUCCAUGCCGAGCAUAUUCAGCACCGAAUUCUAGCGAGAAUCUUCCUCAAAAAUGCGAAAUCUGCACGAGUGGCUUUGUCUUCUCCCCCGAAAAUCCAUUCACACAAACUGCCGUCACCGAGUUCAACUGGCUCUGCGAAGAAAACUCGUAG